AUAAUUUGUAAGUUGACUGUUUAACCUUCAUCAGGUGGACGACAGAACGAUUUUUCUGUUGUGAGAACUGGAUAAUAAUCCACAUCGCUGUUUUUCUGGUUCAUUUAGUCCGUUUUACAGAAUCGUUCAAGAUGGCCAUCGGUGACUACCCCGCGGAAUAUAAUCCUAAAGUGCACGGACCUUACGAUCCGGCACGUUAUUACGGCACACCCGACACACCGUUUUCGCAAUUGAAACUUGGAGAGGUCACUGAAUGGGUGGGACGUCGUAACAAAUCGCCAAAAGCAAUUGCUGGAUUAUUUUCCCGUGCUUAUUGGAGAUGGUCACACAAAUAUGUACAACCAAAACGUGCAACAGUUGCUCCAGUGAUUCAUAUACUUGCUGGUUCCAUGAUAUUCUUUUAUGCUAUUAACUAUGGCAAAUUUGUUCAUCAUCGCAAUUACAAACACCAUUAAUAGUUUAAUAUUAAGCAGCAGAAUUUAUAUUAUUAGUUUAAUAAACAUGAUGGUUUAAAACA